AUGCCACGCAAGCAGUCUCGGAAGGUGGAGGGCCCAGCCAAGGGCAAAGCAGAGGAAGGGGAGCAGCCCACCAAGGAAGAAGGUGAGGCCAAGGGCAGCAAAAGACCUGGCUGCGAAUCACGGCAAAAUUCCCUAUCUGUGCGUAGGCACAGCAAGAAACCCCAAGUUGACCCUCAUGCAGCUGCCAUCAAGACCUACUCACCAUUCCUCAAUACUGUCUUUGGCAAGGAGAGGGAUCUUUCCCCUGAGGAGCUGGAUGAACUGCUAGAGGCCUUCAAGGAAUUUGACACCGAUGAAGAUGGCUACAUCAGUUACAAGGAUCUGGGGGAAUGUAUGCGGAACAUGGGGUAUAUGCCAACUGAGAUGGAGCUUAUUGAGAUCUCCCAACACAUCAAAAUGCGCAUGGGAGGGCGUGUAGACUUUGAGGACUUUGUAGAAAUGAUGGGCCCAAAGCUGCGUGAGGAGACAGCUCACAUGGUGGGCGUGAGGGAGCUGAAAAUCGCCUUCCGUGAGUUUGAUACAGAUGGAGAUGGAAUGAUCAGUGGGGCAGAGCUACAUCAGGCUAUGGCUGUCCUACUAGGGGAGCAACUCCUAGCCCAGGAGGUGGAGGAGAUCCUCCGUGAUGUUGACCUCAAUGGAGAUGGAAGAGUUGACUUUGAUGAGUUUGUGAUGAUGCUGUCAUCUCGGUAA